ACAUACACACAUUGUAUAGGUAAACCUAUAUGACACAUACCUUACCAAUAUAUAUAUAAUCUACGUCUGCCAAAGUCGUCGUCGUCGACUUGUGCGUGCCUGCGCCUGUGCUUGUGUGUGCGCACUGCACUCAGCACUCAGCUGCAAAUAGUCAACAAUUGCACCGACGACGACACGUUACGAGGGGGGCACCCCGUAACUGCAUUUUAAUACAUAAUUCAUUGUUGUGUCCAGUGCAGCCAGUGUGUGCGUGUGUGUUUGCGAGUGCAGUGUUUGCAGUCAACAGCAGCAGCAGCAGCAGCAGCAGCCGUAGCAGCAGUUAAUUUUUCCAAGGCAAUUUGUACUAAUAAAUACAAGGUUGGGCGAUAAUCAAACGGACAUAAGCUGGAAGUCAACGCGUCAACGAGCUGCAGCAACAUCGAUGAGGAACGACGGACCGACGAGCGACGACGACGAGGACGAAGAUAGCGAGAGCGACGAGUCCCUGGUUGAUUCUGAACAGCAGCAGCAGCAACAACAACAACAGAAUCAACAACCUGACCAGCCGCAGCAGCAGCAACAACAACAACCACAACAGCAGGUAGAAGCAGGUGGAGCGUCGCCGUCGUCGUCGACGUCUUCAUCCUCCGAGUCGAGUGCCAGGAGUCGAGCUGCCAGCAGUAGCAACGGCAGCAGCAGCCGCAGUUAUCUGCAUCAGAGACGGAGCCGACGACGGGGGGCCGCCUCCGUGGUGGGCCCGCCACCUCAUCGGCCCCGACGUCAACAUCAGGACCGGGUCGACGACUUGAACAAUCAUCAUCCUCGUCCGGACGACGACGAGGACGCCGAGGAAAAUAUCGAGGUUGACGUAGUGCUCUUGCCAGCCGCGCAACUGAAUCAUCGCCAUCAUGUUCAGCAAGAAGCUACACGUCGACCUCAAGAAGUCCACCCUCAAAAUCCAGGACCCGAGGAAGGACAGCGCGACCAGAUUUAAACAUCUCAAAAUAGUGCUCGAUAAUCUGGACACAGAAGAUGCCAAAGGGUUCUUUGAAGCAAAUUUCAGUCAUGUUUAUUUUAUCUUAUUUGACGUAUUUUCUUCAGCAGAAACAAAUUUACGUCAACGAGAACUAUCAUUCCACUUAGUUCAUAAAGCACACCGGGAAGAGCUAGAGCAAGCGCUGCAAUUACUUGAAAAAGUAUUAACUCUUCUGCCUGAGUUAUUGAACAGAAGAUGGCAAGUUCACAGUUUAGGGACAAUUUUGCAAAGGCUUUUGCAUCCUAAAAAUAGUUAUAAGCUUCGAAGACAGGCAAUAAGAUAUUUUAUAUUGUGGUAUCAAGCACUUGGAGAAAAUGCACCAGAACACAUUCAUCAGUUAUUCACAUGCCUUGUGCCAGGCUUUCCGCCAUGUUCAGCCUCACCUCUCAGAUUCGAGCGUCGAGCUGAGUCUGUUUCGUCUUCCAGCAGCACGUCAAACAAUUCUGCUGGAAAAAAACACACAAAAUCUGCCAGUUAUGGUGACGACAAAAGCAGCCGAGAAUUUUACGAUUCUAACUUGAAUUUCGGCAUGCCCGUCAUCAACGACGACUCAACAAAUGCACCAGAAAUAGUGCCUAUACUUCCACCACAGAGCGGUGAAAAGCCUCUCGAAAAUGAGUGCGUUAAAUUUUUCGAAUCCUUGCUGGAGUACAUGGUGACGCAAGUGGUGAAAAUCGAAUGGCGAGAUAAGCACAAUCGACAGUACAAAUCAUUUCAAUUUAUCCUGGAACGCUUCAAAGCGACGUAUUUGAGAUACAUUUGUCCGGAGUUCGAUGAUAAUUUCUCAUUGUACAAGCCAAAUUUGGAAAUACCGUCGAUGCGAAAGCAGUCGAAUUUAAGUCAAAGCGAUUUAGUGCAGUGUAAAGUAGUACUCAUUAAGUGGAUAGCGAAUUUUACUCACAUCGCCAAAAAAGAUGGGAUUUUUUCACACUUGACGCAAAGCGAUGACAGCGACGAGCUGCGUCGCGUAUCGAUGACGCACAGCUCGCUGGAUUCCAGUCUCGCGUCGGCCGACCAGAGCACGCACGAGAACGCCUUCCACGAGGACAGCACCCUGGCUGCCAUGGCACUGGUGCGCGACGUGCUCUACGGGAAUCGCGAAAACGUCAACUUCAUACACGAGAUGUACAGACAGGCGUUCCUGUUGGAUUUCACGCACGCCACGGCCAUUCGCAAGGCCAUAGGUGCUUACAAAGACUGGAUACAAAUGAAUGAUGUACCGCCGUUCAUGCUGGAACCUCUGGACGGUCACCGAGACCGCGAGUACGAGGAACUGCAGAAACGCGACAGAUCGGACUCGGACCCGAAGAGUCCGCAGCAAGACUCGAAUCAGAGACUGUCAAGACUGAGAAACGACUCGUACAUCGGGGCCAUACAGAAGGACGGCCUGUUCGUGCGGGCCGGACUGCAGAAUGUACUGCUCGUGUUCAUCACCCAGGCCUCGAACGUGUUCUUCCUCGAGACGACCGUGAGCGGGCCGGCGUCGGCCGCGCUGCUCGAGGAGCAGACCGACAGCUGCAAGCGCGUGCUCAACGUCUAUCGGUACGUGGUGAUGCACACGCGCCUCGAGCCCCAGACCUGGGAGCAGCUGCUGCGAGUUCUGCUGCAGAUCACCUCCCAGGUGCUGGGCGAGAGAAACUCGCGGCGCAGCAGGCAGCAGUACGACACGAUCGGCAGCAAGCUGGCGCCCGCCAUAUUUCAAACGCUCAUCGUUACCUGGAUCAAGGCCAAUCUCAACGUCAUCAUAUCCACUCAACUGUGGGAUCAAUUCCUGCAGGUUCUGACCUCGCUCACGCACUGGGAGGAGCUGAUUCGAGAAUGGGCUAAAACGUUAGACACGCUGACCCGAGUAUUGGCCAGACACGUCUAUAAUCUCGAUCUCAAUGACCUGCCGUUGGACCGUCUGAGCGAGCAGAAAUCGAAGAAGCGGCGAGGCGUCGGCGGCCGGGCGGCAUCGACCGGCAGCGUUCAGCCCCAGUUACGCCGAGGCAGCACGGAUCAAGAAACUGCUCAGUCCUCGAAAGAAGUCACGGAUCACGGCUUUCGGGAGUCGCGCAAGGUCCGGCCGUUGUCGCGCAGCGCCAGCGACAACUCGAUCUACAACGGCAAGAUACGCGCGAAAAUGACGCACACCAGGCAGCGGUCUUCCCAGUACAGCAAUAAUACCGUCGUCGUCGUACCCGCCCUGCCACUGUCGAUCGAGCGUGACAUGGCACGAUUGGCGGCCACGACGACGACGACGACGAAUCAUCAUCAUCAGCAUCAAAACGGUAUCCAGGGCAGCAACAACAGAUCGGCGAAGACGAGGCGAGCGGCCAUGGCCAUGUCCCGACGCGCCAAAUCCUUGGAGAGCGUCGUGACGACGGACAGCGAGCCACCGAGUCCGCGAUGUCCGUCGCCCACGCCGAGCAGCGGCGUCGACAGCAACAAGGACAGUCCUAUACAAAUCGACAAUAUCGACGGCAGCAGUAUCGACACGAACGACCAGUCGGAGAAGCGCUCGGUGAUGGCCGGCGGCGGCGUCCGUGGCUGGCUGCCCGACGUCGCCGUGGUCCUCUGGCGUCGCAUGCUCUCGGCCCUGGGCGACGUCAACAACAUCCAGGACCCCGUGCUGCACGGCCAGGUCAUGGAGUACCUCGUCCAGCUGACCCUGACCCUGGUGAAGAUCAGGCUGAAUCAGGGCGUAUCGGGCGACAACCAGGCGACGCCACCCACGCCGGAUUUGAUACCGCCGCUGACGAUCAUCGCACCUUGGUGCUUCAAGGCGAUACAGUUGCCGCAGCAGUUCGAGACCGGAAAAUUGGCGGCCUAUCGUCUGAUCUGUCUGCUGACGAUGCAGCCCCAAGACAUCAGGCUGCCGAAGCAGCACCUGACGCUGUUCUAUCGGGCCGUGCAUCACGGCAUAUCGAGCAACGAUCCCAAGAUCCUGCACACCAUCGUCAAAUACACGGGGCCCCGGCUGUUCAGCCUGCAUCUGCCCGGCUCGAGUCUCCUGAUACUGGACUACAUUCAGGCCGCCAAUAUCAUUCUCAGCAGUCAGGACAUCAACUCGCCGAGGGCGGAAGCCGUGUCGAUACUGGGCUCGCUGCUGUCGCUGCCGACGACGAACGCCACGACGAGGGUGCUGCAGCCGAACGAGGCCGACAUCGUGACGACGACCUGUCCCUACGCCAAGGACCACAUCAUCGCCAUACUGAUGAGAUGCUGCCGCAGAGAGCCCACCGGCGUGGCGAGAUGCGUGGCCCUGUCGAGCAUAGCCAUGUUCGUCUACAAGGAAUUGUGCCAUAGAUCCCUGCACAGGACGGUGCCCGAGGCCUUCAACGUGCUGCUCCUGUCGCUCAAGUGUUCCGUUGGUACGAGGGAGCAAAGAAUAUGGCAAUCCAUCCGACGCAAGGACAAAUUCCAUUUUCUCCUGGCCAAUCAGACGUCUCACGCGACGGUGGCGCAGGUGGCCUGCGACUGUCUGCUCUUGCUCUGCGACAAGGCCGACGUGCUGCUGGAGCAGUACGCCGACGUGCCCGCCAAGAUAAUCCAGUGCCUGUCCGAGACCCUGGAGCGCACGAUCGUGCAGGAGAAGAAGAGCACCCUGACGAUCUCGAUGCUGUUCUGCCUGGGCGAGUGGGCGAUGCAUCUCGGGCCGAGUCUGCUGCUGCGCUCGUACAAGGGCAAGCCCCUGCUACUCACGCUCUUCACGGUUCUCGACAACAUCGUACAGGGUAGAUUUAGCAAGGACCCCGCGGAGGCCUCCAGGGCCGCUCAGCAGGACAAGCAGGGCGAGGACUUCGAUCCCAGCAUCGCCCUCGACAAUCUGCUGGACAGCGCCGCGUCCAAGGCCGCGUGGCGCGGCGGCAGCGGCAACGCCCAGUCGGUCCAGCUCGCCGCCAAGAUGAUCAUGAUGCACCUGGUCAAUCAUCUGGGCCACUUUCCCAUGGGCAUCGGCGCCGCGAGACUGUCCUCGCUCGUCGUCGAGCUCGACGACGUGCCCAACAUCGAGGGCGACGAGCUCUCCUCGUCCAUAUUCAACGCGCCGAACAUUCAGCUGCUCAUGCUGUCCAACUCCAUCAUCAUGUCGCUGGUCGAGCUCGACACUCUCGACGUGCCCGGUGGUGGCGUCACCGCCGGCCUCACCACGGCACCCUCGAUGGUUCGAGUAUUGCUCAGGGACUUGGCCGGCAAGGCAUCCUGGGAUAGCUCGAUACUGUACAGCCAACCGACGAACGACGUUACGGCUCCGCAAAUCAAAUUCAGGCCUGCAUUGACUUCGUAUAAAGACGAUAUGUGCAGCGUAAUGCCAGUACAAAGUUGUCCACCGAGACACACGAUGCGUCACCACGAUCCCAACGUUUUGCCAACGUUUGAAAAUGGCGCAACCGACAUGGACAAUUUGGACGAUCUUUUGCAAUACAUUGGCCACACGAGUCCAGAAGUGCUCACGAAUCCGGAAUCGACCCUCAACUCCGCCGCACCACCGCCUCAGGGUCAGUCCCUCGAGUCCGAAACGAUCGCCACCAUCUUGUCUCAGCGCAACAUCGAACGAGAGCACACGACGACGUGGAGCGAUCACGCGAGCAUAAAGGCCGCGCCGUUGCAACCGCCGAGCUGUCGACCGCCGCCCACGCCGUUCCAUCACUGUCGUUUGCUGUUCUCGCACUUGGGCCUCGCCGGCUGGGAGCAGAGGCGAAAACUGCAUCUGCUCGCCAAGAACGAGAAGCUGCUCAGAGAACUGCGAAACUUGGACGGGCAGAGAUCGCGAGAGACGCACAAGAUGGCUGUCAUUUAUGUGGCUCCCGGCCAAGAGGACAAAAUGUCCGUGCUCAGCAACGUGUCGGCCAGCAAGGAGUACGAGAGCUUCAUCGCUCGGCUCGCCUGGGAGGUCGAGCUGGAGUCGCACACGGGUUUCCUGGGUGGUCUGGUGCCGGGCAAGGCGUCCGGCGUCACCGCGCCCUACUUCGCCACCUCGUUCGCCGAGGUCAUCUUCCACGUGGCCACGCGGAUGCCGUCGGACAGCCCCGAGAGCCUGCUGCAAAAGACCCGGCAUCUGGGCAACGACGAGAUCCACAUCGUCUGGUCGGAGCACUGGCGGGACUAUCGUCGCGACAUCAUUCCCACCGAAUUCUGCGACGUGCUCAUCGUCAUCUAUCCCCUGCCGAAUAAGCUCUAUCGCGUGCAGGUGUCGAGAAAGCCGGAAAUACCGUACUUCGGACUUCUGUUCGACGAGUGCAUCGUCGAGGAUUCGGUACUGCCUGGCCUCGUACGGACUACGGCCCUCGCCGCCAGCAGAGCAAAGAGGACGACACUGACGCUCUAUCAACACUAUUACGAGGAACGGGCGAGAUCAAUCGACACCAUAACGAGAAAUCACAAGGAAGCUACGACGUUCGAAGAGUUCGCUGCUAAUGUUUAUUCACCUGUUCAACCACCUAGUCUCUUCGGUGGAGCUUCUUCCAUAUCAGGAUCAACAACGAGCAUACAAUCAGCUGCCUCGACAAAUCUCGCCGCAGCGCUCAUUGAUUCGCAUCAGAGCCGUCCAAACCUUCGCGGUACUUCUGCAGCUAACAAUGACAAUCGAGCAAACAGAGUCUUGCAAAGUCUGUUGAGAGUGUCUGAUGGAGGUCGCGUAUGGUUUAGCAGUGAUACCACCGACAGUUCAACUCUUCAUGGAAUUUCACCACGACCAGCCAAGAAAAUGUCCUUCAAAUCGGGACCUAGAAACAAAAAUAAUGUCCAACCGACGCCACCCGAUAGUCCUCGUUAUAAGUAGGACAUCACAAUCAUUAAGACUACUGUUCAAAGAAAUGCGAUACUUUUAAUAGAUGGCUUUCGUCUUAACAUUGUGUUAACUUCGACUAAAGGCUAUAUUAAAAGUAAUUAUGUAAUAUGUAUAUUAAAUGGUUUCGUACCGUGUAGAUUUUACGAUUUUUAUAUAUUGUUAAGAUCAAUAUUAUACUAUAAGAAUUAGUAUCCAUUUGACAAAAUAUGUGAAAUUUUGGCAUACAAAAAACUGCUUUUAAAAGUUAUUCUCUAUGACAGAGAGCAGUUAUACUUUGAGCAUUUUUAUAAUGACACAUAGUAGUAGUAGUAGUAGUAGUAGUAGUAGUAGUAGUAGUGAUGAAAGGGUAUGAUAAAAAUUAUAACUGUAUUUGAAACAUAUGCUGCAAAUUGGUUCAUUGUAAAUGGAGUUAAUUUACAGUUGACUUACAAGUUUUAUGUUUUUCCGUCCUUAGCUUAGUUUUGUAAGAUUGUGUGUAAAAAUGUUCAGGAAAAGACUAAUGAUAAUUUUAGGACCCAUCAUUUAAAGAUUUUCAUCGACUCGUAAUAUCGACCAUCAUUAAUGUUCAUAAAUUAUCAAUUAUAAAAGCUUCAUGUUACGUAUUUAAAGUUUCAUUCAUCUUAAACUUCAGCAUAAAUACAGUAUUUACAAUCAGAAUCAAUUAAUACAAAUUUGAUUGACAUCAUUCAUAUUUUUAUAUUUUAUUUUUAAAAAUCUGUUUUUACAGAUUACAUUCCGCACAAUCGCUAUUGAAUAAGCAUUUUUCAAUGACAGCUAUAAUGCAUAUGAACAUUCCAUUAUAAUUCAUUGUUUGAAUAUGCAAUAAUGAAAUCGUUAAUACCCUAUAAAGUCAUUAAAACGCCUUAACAUAUUCAAGACUAUAAAAUAGAAUAUUUAUCAAAUACUUAUUGAGUAAGUAAAUUUACUGUAUAAAAAUUGAAAUAGGAGUUAUAGAGAUCAAAGAAUCAAAGUAUUAUCAUCGAUAUAACAAUUGUUAAAGUUAUACAAAUAGCAAGCUAUUAAUUAAAACAAAUAAAUCAUUAAAUCAAAAAUCAAACCUUAGAAUUUGGGAAUGAUAGAUGAAAAGAUUUGUGGAAUCUUGUAUGGGAGAUACUGUACAUGAGUAUGUGUAUCAAUUGUAGUCUAUGGCCAAAGCAUUAUUUUUUCACUUAUUUAUAAAAAAAAAUUGAAAAAUAUAUAUGAAUUGUAUAUAAAUAGAAGAAAAGUAGUGUCUGGACCAUCGAAAAUGUUAUUCAAAUUUUAUGUAUAAAACUAAAAAUAAAUUUGUCUCAAAUUGUCAAAAAUGUAAAAUUAUAUUUAACAUAAUGAGAUGGGUUAGAUAUGAUUGUGGAAAAUGUAAUGUACUUAAAAAAAUCAAAUUUUCUUGCAAUUGUUAUUUCUUAUUUGCUAUUAAAAUCUGUAUUAUUUAUUUAACAUACUAAUAAUAUUACUAUUGAAAAUUAUAUAUAUAGAUAUAUAAAUAUAUUCGCUCGACUAUUUUUCUUAAUAAUGUACCUUAUUACGUAUUACGAGUUAGUAUGUUAUACAUGAAAAUAUAUUAUAAAGUUAUAAACAUGCACAGAAUAAUUUUCAUGAGUUCCGUCUUGUGAAAAUUAAUUAAAUUUCGCGAAGUGGACACAAAAUGUUAUAAAUAUUGUUGUUUCCACGUCCAUACGUGACUUGUAACUUUUUUUAAUAAAUACAUUUAAAAAAUUC